CAUCCACUUGACAGUCACUCCAGGCACCCAUAUAAUAUAUAUCUUACCACCACCCAUUUACAGAUAACCACAUACAAACCAUUCCAACCCUCAUCAUGACAACUCCCAUCUUGACCCCCACACCCAUCUACCGGGUUUGCGCCCUCAUCGAGCUCAAAGGGUCGGCCAACAUCCGCGACUGGAACCACUUUCUUCGAGUGGAACUCGACGCCGAAGAGUUGACCGAAUACGUAUUCGGUCCUACUAGCGCCGUCCCGGAGCCGAACAAGAACCUCGACCCCGUGGCACACAAGGCCUGGAAGCUGGCGCGCGCCAAGGCCAUGAGGAUUCUGUACACGACUUUGAAGAGGGAGACGGUGACCAACAGGCUCGAGGGCUACGGCUGGGACGAGGAUAACAGAGAUCCUUCCUAUGUUCAUAAGCUCGUUUGGAAGGUUUUUGGGCCUGGAGCUCCCUCCAUAAGCCUGGGCGGACUUUGAGAUUAGGAGGAUCACUUUUUAAACAGUUGGUUGAUGAAAUGCACAACGAUCAGGCAAAGUCAAGUUCUUUCAAACAACCUCUCAAAGUAAGAGGCACCCUCGAUUCCAACAACCACAGCCAAGCUAAAAAGACAUCAAAAACAUGACCUAGUGUAGACCACGCACGAAAUCUGCGUGCGUGUACUCUUACUGUACCCAAGAUUACAUGUAAAUAUCCAAACAGAUAAUCCCGUUUCCGU